CUACAAUUUUCCACAUUGAAGAGUACUUACCAUAUUGCUAUGCAUAUGGAACGAGACUAGUCAUGGAAGAGUCCUCAACUUUUCUUGGGUCAUACAAGAUUUUUAGGAAAUUUAUCACGUGCGAGUGUCUGCGUCUUCGCUUUGCUUUCCCUUCACCCUCCCAUCUUAUACCCGGUAGCUCAGAAAAGCUCCUGCUGCAAGCCUCGAGUUCAAUAUCAUGUUCGUCAUCGAGAUACCCAGAUUCACGUGAUGUCGACGAAGCUUGACCACUUAAGGUAACACGCCCUGAGUGCGGUAAUCUAAAUUGAUUAGUCUAUAUACUUCCCACAACUCAAGAAUUUCCUCCUUUCCUGAUCGAAAUUCCUUCACAUUCUCCAUACCAACACGGACGACAUCAUGGAUAACGCACUCGUACACAACCCAGUCGACCAACCCCCGAAGACCUCUUCGACUUUGACGGGACGACUCCUUCAAAAGCUCGUCGCACCAUGGAAGGCAUAUUUCAAGGUCGAGGUCAAGCCUCACGCUCUGGAACAAUGCCCACUAAGAGUCCUCCCUCGUGAAGUCAUUUCCCUCAUCGCGGACUUCCUGCCAAGCGAAUCCGUUGCAGCGUUUGCAUUUUGCUGCCGGCCAAUCAAUGACUUACUCGGACGAUCGUCCUGGGAUGAUUUGCGAAGUAAAAGCUCAGAAGCCAAAUUGCAUAAAAUGGCAUUCAUAUCUCUGUUAGAGAAAGGAAUGCCAGAUCAUAUUGCCUGUCAAGCUUGUCUGAAGCUCCACAGGGUUGACAAGUCUUUCGUCAAAGAUCCUGGUCCCAGAACCUUGGGCUACGCCGACAGACCAUAUAUCGGAGACCUGGCUUGUGUAAAGCAAGACAUGAAUACACGAACCCAUGACGCCAUCUAUGAAAAUUUCCGCUAUCCUAUCUUCCAGAUGGUGAUGAAGAGACAUCGAUUGGGCCUGGACACUGCUGAGUUGUUGAAGCUCUUGCGCUUUGACUCCACCUACCCGUAUUAUGGUCAUAUGCGUCAAGACACAGCUGAAGCUCGAAUAAUUCAAAAUUCUCUAUAUGUCCGAGUACAACACAUCUUCAUGCUGCCAUUGGGUCAGGCAGUGGAACUUCCCAAAAGUUAUGGGGCCACAAUAUGUCGUCACCUCGGUUCCUUAGAACCCAGGUUAUCCAACAUCGAACCUCUUGCCCGUGUUCUACGGUGUCGUACCAAACAUUGGACCAUUGACGAUAAUCAACCCUGUCCGACAUGCUCUGAGAUUAUCUCUUGCGAGUCCUGCCCGACCGAGUUCCACUUCGAUAUUGUAAAUUAUGAUGAGCACGGCGUCGCGUUGAUUGCCACGAAGUGGCAAGCUCUCGGCUGCGGCCUCGACUACGAAGAUCCCGUAUGGUUCAGUCAUCUAUAUACUCGAGCAGCUAGGAGCACUCGUGUGGUUUUCGAGCCGCGUACUAUCUCUGCGACCUUUGAAAACAACCAGCCCUUCCAACCAGACACCAAUAUACCUAAGAUACGCAAAGACUUUUUCGGACAGCUUCCACUUCUUUUUCAAAGAGCACAGAUUCGUUGAAUGGCUGACUUGGCUUCCGACACCUUGUGGCGUUCGGGGAACUUUCCAUCUUUCAAAAGUCGAGGCAUCAGAUAAUACCUUGUUCUAGAGUUUGUGGGACAAAAUUAUUAGGCUAAGUCCCAAGUGUGAAUCAAGACUCGAGGGAUGUAAGAACGAUGAGUAUUCCAUUCUCUCUCAAAGAACCACCAUUUUCGAAUUAUUGUGUUCGACAAGCUCUGG